AUGGAGGCUCAUAGCUCCAGUUCAAAUCUCACUUCUUCAGGAGUUCCACCCAACCUACCUGUCGUCUCUGUAAAACUGCUAGAGAAGAACUAUUCGUUCUGGAGAUCACAGAUCCUGCCGGCCCUGACAUCUCAUGGUCUCGAAGGCUUUGUUACUGGUGAAAAAGAGUGUCCACUGAUGAUCUUGCAUGUAGCAAAAUGCACUACCUCAUAUGAAAUAUGGAAUGUUUUAGAGCUGCAUUUCCAGUCGGUAUCCAAAGCUAGGACUUUACAUCUGAGAAACCUACUACAGAUUACUAAGAAAGAAGGUUGUAAUGUGAGUGAAUAUGUGUUGAAAAUUAAAGAAUUAGGAGAUGAAUUGAUAGCAAGUGGAGUAAAUAUCACAGAUAAAGAACUUUUGCUGUAUAUAUUAGACGGCUUAGGGCCAGAGUAUGAUGCUGUUGUGGCAAAUCUGACAGCUUGUAGUAGUCAAACGACAUUACAAGAAGCCCAAUUCUUACUUCAUAAACAUGAGAUUAGGUUGGAGAGACAGCAAAGUUCUUUGUCAAAUUUUCAUGAACACAUGGCUUCAGCCCUUUUGGCUUCUAAACAGUCUCAGAUAGAGUCCUCUUUAGGUUCUCAGAAUGUUUCUAGUGCUAGUAAUGGGAAUUUUCGUGCUCAUAAUUUCACUACUCCUCAGUUUCAAUCAAUGCCUAAUUUUUCAACCUUCAGAUCAGAAUUUCAUUCACCAACAGAUGCCUAG